GUGGGAAGAAGGGAAAGAAAGGCAAGAACAAGUGCAAGAAAGAAGGGAGAAAAAGGAAGGGUCUUCUAGUUCUGGGCACUUCCAUCUACCAGUGCCAAGCAUUGCAUUACUUGUUCUUAUGGUAGCAAGGGAAGGAAGGAGCAAAAGGCAUUAAUUUGAGAGAUGGAGAGUUACGAGGCUAUCAAGAACUUCGAUGAAGAUGAAAAUGAUGAUGAUGUAGAGAUGGCACUCAACCAGAUCUCUAAAUCAACAAGAUCUGCCACUGUUUUCAGCAAUGGGGAAACUAAAAGGCAUAACAUUCACAACACCAACAAGAUUAUUGAGGAACGCUCAACCUCUUCCAGUUCCAGUUCCAAGAAACAACCUCAACCUCAACCUCAAAUCAAACCUCAGCGUCUAGUUUCACUCGAUGUUUUUCGUGGCCUCACCGUUGCGCUGAUGAUACUGGUGGAUGAUGCUGGUGGAAUCAUUCCAGCGCUCAAUCAUUCCCCAUGGAAUGGGGUAACAAUAGCAGAUUUUGUCAUGCCAUUUUUCCUUUUUAUUGUCGGUGUUUCGCUUGCACUCACAUACAAGAAGCUAUCUUGCGGAGUUGUUGCAACUAGAAAAGCAAUUUUAAGGGCUCUAAAGCUUCUCCUGUUAGGCCUUUUCCUUCAAGGAGGUUAUUUCCAUCGAAUAAAUGAUCUGACAUAUGGAGUGGAUAUCAAACAGAUAAGAUGGAUGGGAAUAUUGCAGAGAAUUGCGAUAGCAUAUUUGCUUACGGCACUGUGUGAAAUUUGGCUCAAGGGUGAUGAUACUGUUAAUUCAGGAUCAUCUCUAUUAAGGAAGUAUCGACACCAGUGGGCCGUGGCAUUGUUUCUUUCUGGCCUUUAUCUUUGCCUGCUAUAUGGGUUGUACGUUCCUGAUUGGCAGUAUCAAAUUCAAACAGAACCUUCUUCAGGACCAAAGAUAUUUUCAAUUAAGUGUGGUGUAAGGGCUAACACAGGACCAGGCUGCAAUGCUGUUGGAAUGAUUGAUCGUAAGAUAUUGGGUAUCCGCCAUCUGUACAGGAGACCAAUAUACGCACGGAUGCCUGAGUGCAGUAUCAAUUCCCCUAACUAUGGACCAUUGCCUCCUGAUGCUCCUGCUUGGUGUCAGGCCCCAUUUGAUCCUGAAGGACUCUUAAGUUCAGUAAUGGCUGUUGUUACCUGCUUGAUUGGCUUACACUACGGACAUAUUAUUGUCCAUUUUAAGGAUCACAGAGUUAGAAUCAUAUACUGGAUGAUCCCAACCUCUUGUCUUGUAGUUGUUGGCCUUGCCUUGGACUUAUUUGGAAUGCAUAUAAAUAAGGUUCUCUACACUGUCAGUUAUACGUGUGUCACUGCUGGUGCAGCGGGCAUCCUCUUUGUCGCUAUAUACUUGAUGGUUGAUGUAUGUGGAUAUAGUCGCAUGACUGCGGUUAUGGAAUGGAUGGGCAUGCAUGCACUAAUGAUUUAUAUCCUUGCGGCUUGCAACGUUUUCCCAAUUUUCCUCCAAGGAUUUUAUUGGGGAAAGCCUCAGAAUAACAUUCUCAAGUUGAUUGGAGUUGGUACUUGAAGCGAGGCACAGAUUUGCUGGUGGAUUAAGAUUAUAUACAGAUAGAUGGUGAAACAUUUUCUGUUUCACUGUGUCUGAAAGUAAUUACUAUCAUGCGAUGUUCAUUGAGUUUUGGAGCUUUUGUUCAAGAACGUGAAUCCAUGUUCCUCUAAUCUCUUGAUGACGUCACCUGCAUGGAUGAUGGAUAUAUUAUAGAGUAUAGUAGCUGCAUUUCUUUCUUGAUGGCAUAGAGCAGCUAUUGUUUAUAGUACGACUACGAUGUAUUUUUGUUACUUUGUAUCCUUGAAAUGAUAGUUUCAAGAUGAGUAAGCAUUUGACACAAUAUCAAUGUUUAGUUUAGUUUUAUAUUUUAUUAUUAUUAUUAUUAGGCCUAGAAAUGCCAAUUUCUU